CUGCUUUGAUGACCAUUUGAGCUGAAAAAGCUCAAAAGCUGAUUGAAAAUCAAAUAAUGAUUAAUAAUGAAACAGAAGCGGAGCAGAUGACGUGAAGUUCCAGCUUCCUGCUGUCGGCUCCUUGACCCAGUUUGCUCCAGGCCAGCUCUGUUGCUCGUUAUGGACCAACAGGUGGAAAAUAAACCACGAGCUGGUUUGACUCAGAGUUCCUGCUUUCAGACUGCUGUUUGUCCUUGUGGUGGUGGUUUGUGUCCAGCUCUGCCUCUCUGUGGUCAUCUUCUGUCUCAUGAACCCAGGCUGUGUGUCUGCAGGUUCCACACGUCGUCCUGUUCGGCCCUGGAGGUGAAGAACGAGCCCAUCCUCGGUUUCACAGAUGGAAGUCCAGAGAGAGCAGAGCUGCUGAAGGCAUUGAACAGCCUGAAGGGGGCGACAGAGGAGAUUCCCUGUGUGGUUGGAGACCAACAUGUUUGGACCAAAGACAUCAGAUAUCAGCUGUCGCCCUUCAAUCAUUCCCAUAAAGUGGCCAAGUUCUGCUACGCUGAUAAGGAGCUGAUCAAUAAAGCCAUCGAGGCGUCAGUGGCAGCGAGGAGAGAGUGGGACCUUAAACCUGUCCAGGACCGAGCUCAGGUUCUGUUCAAAGCAGCCGACGCCAUCAGUGGACCGAAGAGGGCCGAGGUCCUGGCCAAGACCAUGAUUGGACAGGGGAAGACGGUUGUCCAGGCGGAGAUCGACGCCGCCGCUGAGCUCAUCGACUUCUUCCGCUUCAACGCCAAACACGCGAUGGAGCUGCAGCAGCAGCAGCCGCUGGACGCCGCCGGCAGCAGCAACACCAUGCUGUACCGCGGCCUGGAGGGUUUCGUCGCAGCUGUGGCUCCGUUUAACUUCACUGCGAUCGGAGGAAACCUGGCAGGAACUCCGGCUGUGAUGGGGAACGUGGUUCUGUGGAAGCCCAGCGACACCGCCAUGUCUGCCAGCUACGCUGUCUACAGAGUCCUGAGGGAGUCCGGUCUGCCGCCCAACAUCAUCCAGUUCCUCCCGGCCGAUGGCCCAGUGUUCGGAGACACUGUCACCUCUUCGGAGCACCUGGCCGGCAUCAACUUCACCGGCAGCGUUCCGACGUUCAAGCGUCUGUGGAAGCAGGUCGCCCAGAAUCUGGACACCUACAGAACCUUCCCUCGACUGGCAGGAGAAUGCGGCGGGAAGAACUUCCACUUCGUCCACUCGUCAGCCGACGUCCAGAGCGUCGUCAUGGGAACCAUCCGGUCAGCCUUCGAGUUCGGGGGUCAGAAAUGUUCGGCCUGCUCCAGGAUGUACGUCCCCGAAACUCUGUGGCCUCAAAUCAGACAGAAGAUGGUGGACGUCCUCAAAAGCGCCAGAGUGGGAGACCCGGUCCAGGACUUCAGCACCUUCUUCUCUGCUGUGAUCGAUGAUAAGUCCUUUGCUCGGAUCAAGAAGUGGCUGGACCACGCCAAGGCGUCGCCGAGCCUGAGCGUGGUGGCCGGGGGCAACUGUGACGACACCGCCGGCUACUACGUGGAGCCCACCAUCGUGGAGACCACAGACCCGCAGGACGCCAUCAUGAAUGAGGAAAUCUUCGGGCCGGUGCUUACAGUUUACGUUUAUCCAGACAACGAGUACCAGAAGGUUCUGCAGCUGAUCGACAGCACGUCUCCGUACGCUCUGACCGGAGCCGUGUUCGCCAAGGACCAGAAGGUGAUCAGCGACGCAGCCAGAGCUCUGAGAAAUGCUGCAGGAAACUACUACGUCAACGAUAAAUCCACCGGCUCCGUCGUGGCCCAGCAGCCGUUCGGUGGCGCCAGAGCUUCAGGCACCAAUGACAAACCUGGAGGUCCACACUACGUCCUGAGGUGGACGUCUCCUCAGGUGGUGAAGGAGACCCACGUCCCCCUGACAGAGUGGAAGUACCCCUACAUGGGCUGAGGAGCUCCACAUCCUUCUGUCCAGCCAUCCGUCCCUCUGCUGACCAGCUCCUGUCCUCCAGCCCCCAGACUUCUGUCCCUCUGUGACUCUUUGCACUGAACUUGGAUGUCCUCCAUGAACAGCUCUUCAAACUGUCUCACACUGGUUUAUAUCCAACAUGAAUGACACAUUAAACUCUUUUGUUGUUCAGAUAGAAAUAGUUUUAUCUUUAAUCUGAAAUAGAAGCUCCUGCAUCACUGACCUGAUUGCUGCUACAGCUCCUGGAUCAUUGUUUCGUCCUUCUCAGCACUCUCUGGUUUUUUUUUCUGUCUUCCUCGAUAACAAACUGAAUCUCUUUGUGUCUUUGAACAGAAGACAUUGUUUUAAAGCUCGAUUAGUGAAGUCCUGCAGACUGAUGAGUGAGUCAAUAAUUCAUCACGGAUCAGGAACUUGUUGUCUGACUGUUCAGGUAUCAGUGGAUCAGAUGAAACAUUAACGUCAGUAAAUGUUGGAGUAUAAAUGUGAUUUUAUUUGUUCUAAACUCAAUGAUUUAAAACUGAGCGCUGCUGAAGAGUUGGACUCCUGACGUUUGUCUGUGGUCAUGUUCACGCUGACUGACCUGCAGCCGCUGAAACGCUUCUGAUCAAACGUUCUCGUCCAACGUCUCGCAGAGUUCGCUGGCGGAAGUUUGUAGAUUUUUAUAUUUAAUCUUUCAGGUGAUUCUCUAUAUUUUCAGACCGUGCCUGCCUUAGGAACUCUGUAAAUGCAGAUGGUUAAUUUUUAAGAAAAAAAUAAAAAGUAAUUAAAAUCUAAA